AAUAAUAAUAAUAAUAAUAAUAAUAAUAAUAAUAAUAAUAAUAAUAAUAAUAAUAAUAAUAAUAUUAAUAAUAACGUUAACGAUAAGUCGACGAUCGAUAUUUCGUUCUCGAACAAACGACUUCCGGAUCGAACGGAGCGGUCGUUCGUGCCAAAUUAUAAAUACGUUGUCCGUUAUUCGUGGGAGUUUACUUAGGCUUAAGCUCGUUGUUAAGCGACGGUGGAUUUUAAAAGACGAGAAAACAACGCGCUUCUCUCGAUCGGCCAUGUUGGGUUUACGAUCGACGGAACAAUAGCGACGUAUGAAAAGUACCGCGAAGAAAAUAAGCUUGUCCAGCUCGCUUCCUGCAAAUCCGAUGUAUAAAAGAAAUUUGAUUAAGAAGUAAGAGCGAAGGCACCGAAACAUGUAAUAUGCGCGAACGCGCAAAGGUGGGAAUUCGGUAACGGACGGAAACGACAGUCGAUCGAGAAAAGUUUCGAAAGAACAACGCGUCGCAUCAUAUCGUAAUACCAUAUCGAAAUCGACUCAGGUACAAACGUACAGAAUCAAUGGACACGAAGAAAUUAUCGAAAACUAACAACGAACUCGAUCACGACUCGCGCUUCGAUUCGAAAAGUCGACGAAUAAUUCCCGCCUUUGAUCGAUCGUUCAUCGAACAAAACGAAGGAUUCACAUAUCAUAUGGCUACGCGUUCCGCUACCUUAGAAGCGGACCGCGUUUCGAAUGGCACAAAGAGCGUUCAAAUAUUUAGGAAGAAAAAGAGAAAGGCGAAAAAGUCCGAUAUCGAAAAUGAUUCUCGUCCGUUAUUAUCCAGGAUCGAGUCCCGUUGAUCGAUUACGGAAUCUGUACUCGCGAACAAAAACAGAGAUCAACUGCGAAUUAUACAAUCGAAUUCACUUGUACGUUUCUUCUCUAAGACCAAUUCACUUCCGCUCCAUCGUCGUUCCCUCGCUUCCUCGAUGAUAAUUUAUUUUCUCUUUAGAUAUAUUUUUUUCACUUCCGUCGAGAUAGUUUAUUUUCGCGAGAGUUUUCCGAGGCACGGUUUGAACGAGUAGCAUCUAGACAUCUAUAUUAGAAUGUUCCGAAACGUUGUAUCGAUCGAACGAACGCGAAAGUAACCGAGAAGAAGGUGAUCGGUCCGGCAUAAGAAUGUCUCGUCCGGUUGUCGUCCUUGUCCAGGAAGCAGGAUAACUCGGCCGCAUCCCCGUUGUAGCGAACGAGCGAAGCAAGUCUCCGAAGAAGGAGUGGCGAGGAGAACAAACAUUAGGGAACCAAUCGUCGAGAAAGGGUGGUUCAACGAAUGUUUGUUCUAGGUGGUUCGCCGUGGGUGUGGGUGCGGUGGAGUCGCGUCCAGAAGAGGAACGCGUGCUGGCCCGGAACCGGAGCCAAUCGCGCGGCACCGCAGCGAAAAUCAAAAUCUCGCGAGCGAGAUUUUCUUUAGACGAUGCUGAUCGAGUCAGUCAGGGAUGAACGAUCCUACCGAAACUUUGCCCGCUUACCGCGAUCGCGAUAUUCUAUAUUACGCGCUCUAAACGUACGAAAUCGCGUCGAAUCCUAUGAAACCUCUUCCUUUUCUACGAUAAUCAGUUUCGUCCUACGAAUUUUCUGUUUGUUUGGACCGGUUCACCGUACCGUAUCGGUCUAAUCGGCUAAUCGGUCGGUUGAUCGAAGAUGAACAGCUACUUCGAGAUCGAAUAGAUCAGCGAAGAAUAAUGUUGCGUGGAAAGAACAAGAAGAAGAUCGGAAACGAAGAGGAGGAGGGUGAACCGAAACAGAGAAGGCCAAAGUGCGCUCGUUGCAGGAACCACGGUUUGAUCUCUUGGCUGAGAGGUCACAAACGAGAGUGUCGUUAUCGCGAGUGCCUCUGCCCAAAAUGCUCUUUGAUAGCGGAGAGACAGAGAGUGAUGGCUGCCCAGGUGGCCCUGAAGAGGCAGCAGGCAGCCGAGGACGCCAUCGCCCUGAAAAUGGCCAAAGUGGCCACCGGACAGAAGUUGAGUCGACUUCCACCGGGGAAAAUAUUUGGAAUGUCGGUGACCGAGCCAAAGCCGGUGACCGAUGCCGAUAAAGAGCUCGAUUCUGGACAAAAGGACGAGGAGGAACGUUCGAGACAGAAUUUCGUUCGGACGAAUCAACGUCGAGACUCUUCGACGAUCGAGGAAAACGGCACCAAGUACAAGGGUCUCGCGUUCGAGGCGAACGGCGGCUCCGAGGAGACGAAAGAGAGCAACGUGUCCCAGGCAUCCGUGGAGACGCUGGCGCGGCUGUUCCCGAACACGAAGCUUUCGGUGCUGCAGCUGGUUUUGCAAAGAUGCGGACAAGAUCUGUUGAAGGCGAUCGAGUAUUUCGCCAGCGACAGUUUUCCCGUGAAAUCUUACGCUUCGGCCUUUCGACCGCCGCAACCCAUCGACGAAACCAGCAAGAGCGAACCGCUCGCGACUACCAUGCUGGCUCCUAUUUAUUCCGGCCUAUCCAGAAACAUCUACGGAGACGGCUACUGUCUGCUGAACAUAGUCCCGGAUCAGUUUCCAAAGAGUAUCGUCGCGGACGCGACGGCCUGUACCCCUUUGCCCGUCAACAGCGCCGCGCACCACGAACAAGAAGUGGCUUUCAACGUGCAGUACAAUAAUUACUUCGAUUCCGGAACGCAACAACACCUGAGGGAUCACGUCUACGCGCAACUCACCGAUCAUCUUCCUUCGAGGCCUGGAUUUCUUCAUUUCCCUCCGAUCAUUCCCGGUAUACCCUGCGUACAACCUAACUGCGCUCAAUGCAACUACAAAUUCCCUUAAAUCGGCCUAACUAGGUAGUAUGUUCAAUUUUGCCGAUCGUCUGAUUCUUCGAGUACGUGCCAGUAUACGAUACGUUAGUAAAUAAUUACCCUUUGCUGUUUAAUUGCCAACAGACGUUCGAGUCUCUUUAUUUACAAUUAGAAACGCUACGAGACUUAUCGCGUGUAGAAGGAAAAUUUUCACACGGAUUUAACGAGCUUCGCGCGCCGUCAUCGGUAGAGCCUUAAUCUUCAAAGUUCACCGCAACGUGCUGGGCCAAGCGAAGCGUACUCGCUGCCAUGCAUCGCUUGCUCCAAUGCCUCUUCGCUCUUCUACCGAUUGACCUUUGAUCGUCGAGCGUGAAAUAAAACCAAUAAAACCUGUUACACUUGCCCGUCGUGCUCCUCGAACUUUCCUGCAUAGCCAAACUCCCUCUUCUCCGCCCUUACUCCUCUCUUUGUCCGAAAGAUUUUCCAAACGAAAAACGGGCCACGAUCGAACGAUUUAAUCGAAGGAAUUACGUUAUCGCGCGACAACUCUGCGCAGCGACCGAACGCGGAAAACUUAUACAGGGUUGUGUCCAGUCGCGUAAAUAGCCCGGUUAUUUAUACGUUAUUUACAACGCGUAGCCCUGGGAAAUUUCUACAAAGGGAGAUAUUUUGUUUAUGUGUUCUUUCAGCGGUUGCCGAUGGGAGGAGAGCAAGUUUUCUUCGAAAACUGCUCGGAAAGUUUCUCGAGGCGGCUAUCGCCUACCCGUUAAACCGAUAAAGCGGCACUGAUCGAAUUAACGAGAUUCGAUUGUCUCUGUAAAUAGUGUUGGAUAUCAACUGUCGGUGCCUGGAAGCGGUUUACUUUGGCCCCCGUUUCCUCGAUCCAGUCCACAGGGAAUCUUCGAUCCGUCCUACACCGAAUUACAAACAGCUCGACAUUUUUCUUUCGCUCGAACGCGAAAACGGUUCGACAAGGGAGUAAGGGAUAAAUGAUCCGAUUCGCGAAUUACGCGUACAGCUCUUUAUUUGGUUCUUUUAGUAAACGUUUCGGGAAACGCGUUCCCGCGAACGAUAACAUUCUUCCGUUCGUUUUCGGGCCGCAUACCGUACCAAACCCGAUAUACCAAUAUCGCGCUCGCGUUUAUCGAGUACUCGGUUUAAGGAUAAUUAACGAUAGGCACAUCGGUUUCGUGCUAAAAUAACCGAUAAUAUAUCGUCGAAGAUUCUGCUACGUAAACGUUCCUCGAUAAAUAUUAAUGUUACCAUCGAAAAUAACCAAUCAAUAACGUGCAAACUAUAUUCGAUGUAUGAUACUGUGUUCUCGAGUGCAGUCUUCGUCGAUCGCUCCUAACUUAUUCGUAACUGGACUUUCUCCAAGCAGGACUCUUUUUU